AGUCCUGGCCUCCGGCAAACAAAACUCAGAUCUAGCAAGUGCAGAGCAAAAGGCAAGGUUUGUGGAGAGAGAGACCAGAGGCAGAAAGACCGUCCACGAGGUCAGCCAGCUCCCACCCCUUCCUGACUGGUCUCUCAGAAGGACUCCAGACCUCUGCAUCUGCAUCUCAUCUCUGAACAUCCCGGGUCUGGAUUUCAGUUCUAGAUCUCUCCAUAGAGAACUGCUGGAGGACAGCAACGUUUUUCUAGGAAGAAGUGACUUUCCAGAAAGGCCACUAACAACCGGAUCCCACAUAACCCUCCUCUGGAGCUGUAAUGAAUACCACUUAUCUAAUAGGAUUUGAGGACUGUUAAGUGAGAUAAGGCAUUCGAAGGACCCAACACAGACUCACAGACACAGGACCUUCUUGCUGUGUGGUUAAAGUCGAAGAGUGGAGGAAGAACCCGAGGUACGGCUUCCUCAGCCUCACCAAGAGAGCUGAGAGGUGUACAGAGAACGUCAGACCGAUCUUGUCAUGAAGCCAUCACACAAUUCCUGGGAGGCUGAGCCACUACUCCCCAACAUGGCAGAGACCCCUUACACCCCGCUGAAUUCGUCCUUCGGCUUUGCCGCAUCAUAUCAGACCACGGGCUGCGAUUUGCCUAAGGUCAGCAGGACUGUUGAAAAGGCCUUGAAUGAAGGGAAACUGUUGGACAUGGUAUAUGGGAUCAAGGAGAUGGUGGCAAUAUUGUCCCAAACCCCACUGAACAUCGCUUUGACUGGGGACUCGGGCAAUGGCCUGUCAUCUUUCAUCAAUGCACUCAGAAUCAUUGGCCAUGAAGAAGAUGACUCAGCUCCCACUGGGGUGGUGAGGACCACCCAGACACCAGCUGAGUACUCUUCACCCCACUUUCCCAAUGUGGUACUGUGGGACCUGCCUGGUUUGGGGGCCACAGCCCAAACCAUAGAGAGCUAUAGUGAAGAGAUGAAAUUCAAGCUGUAUAACUUAUUCAUCAUCAUCGCCUCUGAGCAGUUCAGCUCAAAUCAUGUAAAUCUUGCUAAAAUCAUCCAGAGGAUGGGGAAGAGGUUCUAUAUUGUCUGGACCAAGCUGGACAGGGACCUCAGCCAAUGUGUCCUUUCAGAGAUCCGGCUCCUACAGAGUAUCCAGGAGAAUAUCCAGCAGAGUCUACAGAAGGAGAGGGUGAAUAUACCCCCCAUAUUCCUGGUAUCCAAUCUAGACCCUUUACUACAUGACUUCCCAAAGCUGAGGGACAUGCUGCAUAAAGACCUCUCCAACAUCAGGUGCUGUGGGCCCUUAAACGCUCUUUCUGGCAUCUGUGAGAAGAUCAUUGAUGAUAAAGUGGCUUGCCUGAAGGAGAGAAUAGACAACGGAUGCUGGGGGAAUUCGUUUUGUGUCGGGGACAAUGAUGACAUGGGGGAGUGUCUGAAAGUGUUCCGACUGGAAUUUGGUGUAGAUGAUGAAUCACUUCAACAGGUAGCCCAGAGUAUGGGGAGAGUAGUCCAAGAGUACAAGGUCGACAUGAAGUCCCAAACCCUGCACACUCUCCGCAGAAGGGACUGGAAACUGAGACUGAUGACUUGUGUAUUCAUGAAUGCAUUAUUCCAAAUUCUUAAAUGUCUCCCAGGCUUACGUUGUUGCAUCCUCUGUUCCAGACGCAUGAAACUCAAACGCAUGCUUCUGUUAGUUUCCCAGGACACCAAGACCAUCGUGAAGAAAAUCCUGAAAGACAGCAUCAGCUCUCCUCAAAUCUAGUGUAGGGGGUGGUCUGUCACCCUUCUCACUUGGAAGCCAGACUGCCUUGGGUCUGGAUCUCACCUGGAUCCAUCCCUACCUCUCCACUAGAAAUCAAGAGAUAUAACAACACUUUUUCUAAAGGUUCUAGAUCCUUUGAGAGGAGUUAAAAAUAACUCAUUUCACUUGUCUGGAUUCUAAUGCACUCUUCCACUGAGGGACAGGGACAAAUUGUUUAAAAAAAAUUGUUGAUCAUGAUUCUUAGAUUUGGAAUAUAGAAAAUUUUAAGUGUGAUGUAUGUCUAAAUCAGUUUUCCUCCAAAACAGUAAAGUCAGAUCUUCUUCAUUAGCACCUUUUUAUUCUCACUCUCCUUCCUUUCCCUGGAUAACCCUGUUAAGGACUCAUUUGGUACAGAGGAACACGUAGAUGGAGACUAUGGUAGCCAUUGCUCUCUGGAUUCUGUUUAGUACUGGGGAAAGGACUCAGACAGCAUUUCUAAUGCAAACUGCUUACCUGUCACACAUUCACUGACAGGUACCUAAAAAGAGUAUCUUAAGAGGGAACUCAGAGCCGGGCAGUGGUGGCACACGCCUUUAAUCCCAGCACUUGGGAAGCAGAGCCAGGCGAACUCUGUGAAUUUGAGGCCAGCCUGGUCUACAGCACAAGAGCCAGGAAAAGCACCAAAACUACACAGAGAAGCCCUGUCUCAAAAAACAAAACAAAAAAAGAGGGAACUCAGGUAUACAUGAGUUAGUGUCAUGGCAAGAGCGUAAUGGCAUCAAUGGACUUCACACUGGAUCAUUUGAGGAGAAUUUGCUAAUGAUACAUCCUUCAAAUGUGUAAUGAGGGUUCAAGGAGAUUGUCAAGAGAUGGUGCUGGCUUCCUCCAGCCUCCACUGCGUUGAAUGUAUUGGAUGAAGUCCCUGCCUAGGCUUAUAUUGCUUUUGGAUAUCCAGAAUUAAACCUUGCUUUUGCAUUCCG